GUGUCAGAUACAGAUAUGGAAUACACCAUCGAUGUCUUCUUCCGUCAGAGUUGGAGGGACGAGAGGCUGAAGUUUGACGGGCCCAUGCAAGUUUUACCCCUCAACAACCUUCUAGCCAGUAAAAUCUGGACACCUGAUACCUUUUUCCAUAAUGGAAAGAAAUCUGUGGCCCACAACAUGACAACUCCCAACAAACUGCUACGACUAGUUGACAAUGGCACUCUUCUCUACACAAUGAGGCUGACCAUUCAUGCCGAGUGCCCCAUGCACCUGGAGGAUUUCCCGAUGGAUGCACACGCCUGUCCUCUCAAGUUUGGCAGUUAUGCUUACACCAAUAACGAGGUGAUCUACCUUUGGACCCAGGGAGACGAGAGGUCUGUUGCUGUGGCAGAAGAUGGCUCCAGGCUGAAUCAAUAUGACUUGCUAGGACACGUUAUUGGCAAAGAAACCAUCAGUUCCAGCACAGGAGAAUAUGUAGUGAUGACAACAUACUUCCAUUUGAAAAGGAAAAUUGGCUAUUUUGUGAUUCAGACCUACCUCCCGUGCAUCAUGACUGUCAUACUGUCUCAGGUCUCCUUCUGGCUAAACAGAGAAUCGGUUCCUGCGCGCACUGUAUUUGGGGUCACCACUGUCCUAACCAUGACCACUCUGAGCAUCAGUGCUAGAAACUCCCUCCCUAAGGUGGCCUAUGCCACUGCCAUGGACUGGUUCAUGGCUGUGUGCUAUGCCUUUGUCUUCUCUGCCUUGAUUGAGUUUGCCACAGUCAACUACUUCACCAAGCGCAGCUGGGCAUGGGAUGGGAAAAAGGAGGGCAUGGAAAUAAGGAGAAGAGAAUCGGCGACGCUGUCCAAAAAGACGAACAACACCUUCAACAUUGUUGGGACUACCUACGCCAUCAACGUGGCUAAGGACCAAGGUUUGACCACCAUUUCCAAGAGUGCCAGGGAAGCGGCCGUCAAACAACACCCCUAUCUCCACAAAAUGGACGACCCGUACAUGGAGGCCAGGAAGUCAUACAACCGUGUCAGCAAAGUGGACAAGAUAUCACGCAUCAUUUUCCCGGUUCUUUUCUUCAUCUUCAACCUGGGCUACUGGGCCACGUACGUCAACAGGAAGCCCGCUAUCAUGAAGGCAAACGACCCAAACUGA